GACAAACUUAAUAAAAUAUAAAUCAAAAACAAAAUGUACCAAAAUUAAUCAUAUAUAAAUUUUCAAAUUACCUCAAAUUUAAAACAAAAUAUUGGCACAAAAUAUAUUGUGCCUAUUCCAAAAAGAAAUGUCCACAAGUAAUCAAAUAAUACAUGCUCUUUCGGAAGCAACAGCCAUACGUUUAUUUAAUAGUAUAGUGGCCUCAGACCAAGCUAGCGAAAGACAAGUUUUUGUCUUACAAAGGCAAACUGCACAAACUAUGCAACAAAAUUCUAUAGAAUCCAUUAGAUCUAGUAAUGAAUUUAACCAUUCAUGUCGUAUUUGUCGUUGGAAUCGCAGUGAUAUGGAAAUAACUAAAUGUCCCUGCCUGUGCAAAGGUAGUGUGGGUUUUAUACACUUGCAAUGUUUAAAAAGAUGGAUUAUGCAGAGACGUGAUAACCACUGUGAGAUUUGCAAUGCUACCUUUAAUAUACCAGAGGAAAAAUUUAGUUUACGGCGCAUGGUGAAAACAUUUUUUGGCCAUUGCUUUGCUCCCAUAGCCAAACACUUGCUUUAUAGCAUCUCCCUACUGCCCUUAACUCACAUUAUACUACAGCAGGUGGUCAUAUGCAUGGAAAAUAUCAAUUUAAGUCCCCAAGAACAAUUGACCAUAAAGGAAGUGGUUUUGGCUUCUAGUGCCUUAAUGACUUCAAGUGCCUUAUUCUUUCAUUUCUUUGAGUUUAUUGCAACACGUUUAAUUUUAAUACGCAACAUUUUAAGGCACUGGUGGAUGUUUGGUAAUGCCUCAGAUUUUGCGCUCAUACCAAUGGAAAGUGAUAUGUUGGAUUUAUUUAGUUAAUAUAAUAAAAAAACAAAAAAAAAACUUACCAACUUUAUAUUCUUCAUAAAAUUUUAAAUUUAUAGUACUUUUAACACU